AUGGGGAUCAAUGGUCUUCUCCCUUUGCUCAAGUCCAUACAAAAGCCAUGUAAUUUGAAGAAGUUCGAUGGCAAAACCCUCGGGGUGGACGCUUAUGGCUGGCUUCAUCGUGGAACUGUAUCAUGUGCUAUGGAUCUUGCUAUGGGAAAGCCAACAAGAAAAUAUGUUGAGUAUUGUAUGCACCGGGUACGAAUGCUGCUCCAUUUCGGCGUCACUCCUUACUUGAUAUUCGAUGGCGAUUACUUGCCAAGUAAAGCUGCGACAGAAAGGGACAGAGAAAAGCGUCGGAAGGAUAGUAAACGACUUGGGCAAGAGUUAUUGAAUGCUGGAAAGACUUCCCAAGCAUAUCUGGAAUUCCAAAAGGCAGUCGAUGUGACUCCCGAGAUGGCCCGCCAUGUUAUUGAUGAGUUGAAGGAGAUGGGAGUACAAUAUGUUGUAGCUCCAUAUGAAGCCGAUGCCCAAAUGGUCUACCUGGAGCGAAAAGGCAUAAUCGAUGGAAUAUUAUCCGAGGACUCUGAUCUUCUAGUAUUCGGGGCUAAAUGUCUUCUUACCAAGUUGGACCAGUAUGGAAAUUGUAUCGAGGUCAACAAGGCCGAUUUCUGUGCUUGCAAAGAUGUAAACCUGACGGGCUGGUCUGACGCCGAAUUUCGAAGAAUGGCAAUUCUAAGUGGCUGCGAUUAUUUGCCUAGUAUGAGCAACAUGGGGCUAAAGACAGCCUAUCGGCUGGUUCGGAAGCAUAAGACGAUCGAAAAAGUUCUGCGUAUGAUUCAAUUUGACGGAAAAUUUCACGUGCCGAAAAAUUACCUGGAAUCUUUUUAUCAAGCCGAAUUCACCUUUUUACAUCAAAGAGUUUUCUGUCCCCAAUCUCUCACCUUAGUGCUCCAUACCCAACCUGAUCUUCCACUUACGGAAGAUCAAACCCAAUUUAUUGGGCACGACGUUUUACCAGAAAUUGCCCAAGGAGUUGCGAAAGGCGAUUUGAAUCCUAUCACCAAGCAACCUAUUGUCAUUGGGCGCAGAAGCAAGAUGGCAAAUCCUUUUAUGGCUUCGAAGAGAUCUGUAUCCACAAGCGAUCUCAAGAAGGGUGUUUCAAUCGAGACAUAUUUUAAAGCCAAGCGGACUCCUCUUGCGGAACUGGAUAUCAAUUCCUUUACACAUUCUCGUAGUCAACAGGAGGUUCUUUCUCGCAACCCUAGCUCAUGGGUUGCUGAACCAGUCCGCCCUCAUUUGCAACGAGCUACCACCGAUCUCGAACCUCAAUUACCUCCUCACCCCACUUCUCAAAGAUCCGUUUCGACUGGAAGAAGAGUGUCUUCGCCCACAGAGUCUCGCCCACAAAAGCGUGCUCGUCUAUGUGAAGAUGACUCCAUUCUCCAAACACCAGGAACUGGCCAAAAAGUGGAACUUGGUCGUAGCCGUUUCUUUGCAGAUGGAUUUGAGGAUGAUAGUCCAAGUGUUAGCAAGGUCUCCAAGAAAAAUAAUAAACAGAAGGAAGAUAUUACCAUCUUCUCGGAUGACUCCAUUGAGGAAGCGAUGAUGAGCAUUCCAGAUGUCGAUAAUUACUUGACGAAAAAGCAGCCUAAGAUCGAAAUCUUCAGAGAGGCUUCAUUCAAAUCUACUCUUGGCUCACAGCAAAGAACAAGUACGUUAACCGAGCACGAUCGGACUGAAGACUCCCAGGAUACGGUCCCUAGCCUCGAAUCUUCGACCUCCAGUAGGAAUUCAUCUGAGCAACCUCCAUCUCCGAUCCCUGAAUCUUCCAUCCCGUUUUCAAGUCUGAAAAGCAGGUAUUCUUUUGAUGCUUCGACUCUGAGAACGCCAAAGACCGUUUUCAACCAAGGUCUCUCAACUCCACCUUCCUCUUCUGCUCAGUUCCAAUCGAAGAUUCCUGUUUCAACAAAGUUAACCACUGCAGCUGCAAAGAAACCCCUUGCCACCGCUACUAGAUCUGUUCUCACACCUCUCCAGCGAUUAGGUGCUGCCGCACACAACCGCUUCAACUUACCACCAACCCCACCAAUGACUCCUAUGCUUGCUGCUGGUCCCAUUGCCUUUCUUCGUGGGACAACCGGUCUCUCUUCUCCCGAAAACAGCAAAAACGGUAAAUCAAAACUGGCAGACGUUAACCCGGCAUCCAUUCCAUUGCCCCCAGCUGAUGCGAUUGAGGAGGCUGCUUUGAAUUCAAAGGGUAGUGAGGAUAUGAUCAUACCAGACAGCGAGGGAGAGGAUGAGCUAUUGUCACCUAUCGAAGAGGGACAAAGUAAGAGUUUCGGCCUCCAUUUGGGACGAUUUGUAUAUGCUGGUUAA